AUGGGUCAUUCUGGUCUAGAUGAUCUGUGGGACAUAUCCUUUGAGGGAUUAAUAGAGCCAAGAUAUGAAAGAAUAAAGAAGAGAAAGAAUAUUAAAGAGCGGUAUGGGAUAGAGCAGAAGAAGCGGACAUUGGGGUUUUCCCUAGGAACCGCGUAUAGCGGUCCUUUGAAAAUCGAGUCUAGAAUAGAUAGAAUGAGUAAAAGGCCUCUUCCUACUAGUCCGUUUCGAGUGUUGGAUGCGCCUUCUAUUCUAAAUGACUACUAUCUGAAUCUGCUGGAUUGGAGCAAAGACAAUCUCAUAUCUCUAGGAUUGAGUGAGCAGCUGUAUUUAUGGAAUGCUUCAAAUAAGUCAGUUUCACAUGUUGUUGAUGCGCCUGAUGAUCACCAUAUCUCAUCUGUCUCUUUCUCCCAAGAAGGCUUGCUAGCGUAUGGAAUGUCAGAUGGAAGGGCUUCUGUUCUAGAUGUAGUAGUAGGAAAACCGGUUUGCAGUCUGCCUGGCAGGGGAGUGCGGGUGGCUUCUAUUUCAUGGGGCAAUAAAAUAGUUAGUACUGGUGGAAGAGAUGGGAACAUAUUCAAUUAUGACAUUCGCAGUGCAGAGCAUGUGUCAAGUUUUUUACACCAUACACAAGAGGUCUGUGGACUUAAAUGGGAUGCAGAUGGAGUGUAUCUAGCGAGUGGUGCCAAUGACAAUAAUGUAUGCGUGUGGAGGUCUGGAUAUGACAGGCCCAGACUAAAGCUGACAGAUCACACAGCAGCAGUUAGGGCGGUUGGAUGGUGCCCAUGGAAGAAAGGAAUACUCUCUACAGGAGGAGGUACAUCAGACAGAACAAUCCGAACCUGGGAUGUAGAUAAGGGAAUAUGUCUUAAUAGCACAGACAGUGGUUCGCAGGUGUGCAGUAUUGUUUUUAGUGAAAGAUAUAAAGAGCUUAUUACAACGCAUGGUUUCUCAGAUAAUACUGUGUCAGUGUGGAAGUACUGUAGUAUGAGAAAAGUAGGAAAUAUGAAUGGACAUACAGGGAGAGUGCUAUUCAGUGCAAUGUCACCAGAUGGGGAAGUGCUGGCUACCUGUGGGGCAGAUGAAAAUCUUAACUUUUGGAAUCUAUUUGAUAAUAAAACCGCUAAGAGAGAGUCUAUUUUAGAUACAAUUGCAUUCAGGUAGAUGUUUUUUUCAUAAAAGACUAAUUUGAACAUCUAUACAAUGUAUCUCUAAACCCCAUUAGGCCCGCCGGCAUUCUAUAAUAGUGUAAACCAGAGUGAAAUAGUAAAUUAGCUCGCCUCAGAAUAGGAUAAAAUCAAGAAAGUAAAUAUUAAGAUGAG